CAGGAGGACACGGAUCCGGUCACUGCUGCACGAGACACCGAGGACAUCGCUGCGCUUCAUGUUUAUCCUGCGAUUUUAAGUUAAUUUACGACCGACAAAUAACCUCUGGUGAAUUGUUCAGCAACUCUCGGGCCUCUUUCAAUGAAAUGACUUUUCCUGUUGAAUUUGGGCGGAUAAGCGCGUUUUUUCUGGCCUUUUUUCUUCGCUUCACUUUUCGAGGUGCAUCCUGUCAACUCGUGGUUUCCCCUGCUGGACCCACGCUGGUGAACGCGUUGGUCGGCCACAAUGUCACUCUGGCUGUGUCCUUCACCGGUGCCCCCGACCCAGUGCUCAUCUGGUCCAUGGGAGAUGUCACUGUGGUCACAUGGGCCAUUAACUCCACUGCCCCCCCCGUCAUAGCCGAUGACAGAAGGAAUGUGCUAAGGGUUGAAGCAAAUGGGUCCCUCAGCUUUGUAAACGUCCAACUUGGAGAUACCAGUAACUACACCAUUGAAAUGACAAAACCUGGACUGUUUAAGUCCUCCGUUACUUUCACUCUGAAAGUGUUUGACGUGAUCCAGAGCGUGGCCCUGAACGGGCCGCCUGGUUCCGUCCGGGAGGGGGCCGCUGGGUUCACCCUGCGGUACAGCAUGCAGCGAGGAGUGGUCGAGCAGCAGGCGUGGUUCUUCGGCGGCGCGGAGAUCCAGUCGAACUCUCACUACUCCGUGCAGGGGAGCAGCCUCGUGAUCCGCCAACCCAACCGAAGCGACGCGGGCCGGUACGCGGUGUUGCUGAAGAACCCCUUCAGCCAGGUGACCGCCGACGUGAACGUCACCGUGCUGUACGGACCAGACGAGCCGGUUCUCGAGGCCCGCCCGGCUCGGCCUUUCUACCUGGAGGGGGACUCCCUGAGCGUCUCCUGUACGGCCGAUGGGUUCCCCCCGCCCACUGCGGAGUGGGUCUUUGGCGCGCAGACCACGGUGGUUGCCCACCCAGGUGUGUUGGACCUGCCAAGUGUGCAGACCAGUCAAGGAGGCCUUUACGUGUGCACGCUGAUCAAUGCGGAGACGGGAGUAAAAAGCCAAAAGAAUCUCACUUUAAACGUCUAUGUGAGGCCGGCGAAUGUCUCGACGUGCUCCGUGCAGUCGGUGAGCAGCGUGGAGCUGCAGUACUCCUGCCAGUGGCCCGGGGGAACCCCACCGGCUCGCCUUUCUCUCCCAGCACUAAACGCCUCCCGCAGUGGAGUAGGAAACCUCAGCCUGGUCGUCCCCGCCUCGCACAACCUCGACGGGAAGACGGUCACGUGCGUGGCUGACCACCCCGUCGAAUUGAGCAACUGCAGCAUCACCGCAGGGGGGCCCAGGAUGUUCCCGCCAGCUGUGAGGACCACGGUGGACCCUGAUGGCAAAAUGGUGGUGGCCAUCGACUGCGUCAGUGAGGCCUCGCCUCCGGCUUUGGUCUCAUGGUCCAAAGGCAGCGAGGACAUCGUCGGCACGGCACCGCACCAAAUCAGCAGGGACACCACGGAGCUUCAGAUACGCGAUUACAACGUCAGCAACUUCCUCCUCCAGAACUACACUUGUACCGGCCGCAACCCACUGGGCAGCCAGAGAAGGGAAAUCCAGCUGAGAGGACCGUCUAUCUCAAAUUCCAGAUUAUUCUUUAAUCACAAUGGAACCAUAGUCACGUUGACCUGGGAGGUCCCGCCCACCUCCAUCGUCACAGGGUUCGACGUCCAAAUGAAGGGACCGAACAGCCUGAGCAGGAAUCUCAGCGGUACCCAAAGCAGAGGCAGCUCGGACGGGUUUCACACCGUCCAGCAGAAGCCUGGCGGCGCCAGGAGUGCAGACAUCUUUUUCCUCGAUCCCAAGCUGACGUACGGGUUUCGGGUCGUCCCCAAAGCUCGCACGACCGCGGGACAGCCGUCUGCGGUCCUAACAGCCGGUCCAGGUGAAGGGCUGAGUGGAUCCGCCAUCGCUGGACUCGCAGCUGGAAUCCCCUGCGGCCUUCUCCUCCUCGUCCUGCUGGGGGGCUUAAUCUACUUCUGCGUCUACUUGCACAGGAACAAAAGUCGGCAGACGAGAUAUCCGAAGCCCAGAGCCGUUGAGAAGGCAGUCACGGCUCCGGCAGAACUUGCCCCCCAUAAGCUGCUGACGGGGGGGCUGAGGUCUCCUCCUGAUUACAACCGAUUGCAGCAGACCCGCUCGGAGAGAUCGGUGGCUCUCCCCGCUUUUGUCCCUGCCCGGCCCGUCAGGACCGCUACGAUUGUCUGAGCUCCAAACUGGGGUGUAUAUAAUGCUGUACUUUUAAGUGUUUUAUUCCAGUGUAUGAUACAUUUCUGUAAUUGUAUUAUUUUAAACGAAAUGAUUGUGUCAAAUGUUUUUCAGUAGAGAUGGAUAUUUGUGGAACUUUACGUUUUAUAAUCUAACUAUAAACUAUUUAUAAUAAAUCCAAAGUUCAAGCCACACCUGCAAAGUAAUUUAUCUAUUUAUUUAAGGAGACCAAUAUGCUCAAAUGUUUCCUUUUUGAGUGUAACUUCACAAGUUCGAUUCAUAAAUAAUGGUGAUUAUCCUACAUACAUAAUUUAUUGAACAUCAAUCGUCUGAUGAAACGGUUUGCAUUGCUCCAGGU